AUGACCGGUCCUCGUCUGCUGAAUAAGGUCGCAAUUGUCACGGGUUCCUCCCAAGGCAUUGGACGCGAGAUAUGCAACCAAUUCCAUGAAGAGGGAGCGUUGCUCGUAUGCUCUGACUUACGCCCCAUUGGGCAGGGUGAAGAUAUCCCAACUCACGAGUUCAUUACGAAGAAGGGUGGCAAAGCCAUCUUCGUACCAACCGAUGUCAGUAAGGCCGAGGACUGGAAGGCUUUGAUUGAAAAAACCGUGGCAGAGUAUGGAAGGGUGGAUAUCCUGAUCAACAACGCGGGUAUCUGCACGGAGGCAAACAAUCCUCAGCCUAUCGACGAAGUGGAUGAGGACGCCUUCGACGCGCAUCUGAGGGUAAACACCCGCGGUGUCUUCCUUGGAUGCAAAUACGUUGUCCGCCAGUUCAAGAAGCAAGAGCUGCAUCCUUGUGGAAUUCGUGGUUGGAUAGUCAAUUUCGCCUCUAUGGUUGCGACUAUCGGCAUGGCAGGUCUUUCUGGAUACACGGCUUCAAAGGGAGCCGUUGCUGCCCUGACCAAGACCGUCGCUCUUGAUGUUGCUAAGCAGGUUACCCAGACUGCGAUGCUGGACAAUGCGCUUGGUGGCGCUCUCUCUUCUGCACGGGAUGCCGUCCUUGCAGCUUUGCCACGAGGUCGAUUCGGUGAGACCAAAGACCAUGCACGAGCCGCUGUCUACUUGGCAAGCGAAGACGCAGCAUGGGUGACUGGUAUCAACUUGAAUGUGGAUGGUGGCUUGACGGCCCAAUAG